GAGCAUGAGUUACCAGGUAAUAGUAUGUUCAACACAAUAUAUGAUAUAGUUGUUGAUACAGCUGUUGUUGUAUAAUGAUACAACUCCAUCUUGCUACUUCUCCUACUCUGCCGUCAAAAUAGGUCAAACAAGGUGAGGAUGAGUCAUAGCUCCAAGGGCAUAGCAAGGGAGAAAGGCGCUGCCCCUCACCCCAUAGAAAAUUCAGGAAUUAGAAAACCGUAAAGUAAAAUUACGUAGGAGGUAAUAACUAAAUAGUAGGGGAAAUUUAUUAGAUUGUUCUAUGAAUGGUUUAAUAUAGAUUCGAUUAACUAUUAUAUUCUUGGUUUGUCUGCGUAUUAUAUAUUAUUAAUUAUUAAUUUUUUGCUUUACAGCUAAUAGACUAGAAGGAAGUAAUAAAAUGAACGCAGAACUAAUCAGUCCAUGUAAUAAGAUACUGUUGAAUUAUUCUGGUGAAUUGAAUACACCUAACAAAAUAGAUCUAAAUCAACAGUCUCAUUCCAGUAAUGUAAGUGAUACAUCAAAAGGGUCUGGCGAAUUAAGCAGAUGUAGUACAAUACAUCCAGAUAAUAAGUCUCCUUGCAGUGAUAUUAAUGAAACCACAUCCAAUCUAUCGGGAGGGUCAAAUGUGCAACACACGAAACGAAAAACCUCAGAUAAUCCUAGUGAUUUAAAGGGACAUGAAAGAGUUAACACUGAUGAAAAUCCUCUUACAUGUAAUAUUUGUGGUAAGAGUUUCAAUUACUCUAGUCAGCUAGAGAUGCAUCAAAUAAUACAUUUUGGUGACAAAUCUUAUUCUUGCAAUGUAUGUGGUAAGAGUUACAACCGCUCUGGCAAUUUGAGAAGACAUAAUAGAGUACAUUAUGGUGAAACACCUUAUUUAUGCCAUGUUUGCAGUAUGAGUUUUAAUCAAUUUGUUGAUUUGAAGACACAUUAUAAUAAAACACAUACCAGUGAGAAACGUUAUCCGUGCAAUGUUUGUUUUAAGAGUUUCAACCAAUCCAGUGAUUUGAAGAAACAUAAAAGAAUUCAUACUGGUGAAAAACCUUAUUCAUGUAAUAUUUGCGGUAAGAGUUUUAAUAUUUCGGGUAAUCUAAAGUCGCAUUAUAGAAUUCAUACAAGUAAUAAACCUUAUUCAUGCAAUUAUUGCUUUAAGAGUUUUGAUGAAUAUAGUCAGUUGAGGACGCAUAAUAGAAAACAUACAGGUGAAAAACCUUUUUCUUGCAAUGUUUGUGAUAAGAGUUUCAAUCAGUCUAGUGAUUUGGAGAAACAUAAAAGAGUUCAUACCGGUGAAAAACCUUAUUCAUGUAAAAUAUGUGGUAAGAGUUUCCAACAGUGUGGUGGUUUGAAAAAACAUAAUUUAAUUCAUACCGGUGAAAAUCGUAUUCAUGCAUUGCAUCACUCGUAAGCAAGUAUGCUGAACGUCCGAAGGAAAAAUGCAAUAAGAAACGCAACAAUUAGAAGCAAAACCAAACUGGUAAACGUGACGUACACUAAAAGGGAACAUAAAUACAGAUGAACGGAGCCGGACAAAAAUGUAGCAAGAAGAUUAGAAUAUAGAAAAAAAAUUGCGUGUGUACAAAGUACACAUGUCAGAAGUGAAACCUGCAUUUUGCAUGAACCUCUAAACUGCCUGUCCUGGUACAUGUUGCUAGGAUGUCACAUGAUUUCAACCGCUAUGAAAGACAUUACUAACACCGCUACCAUAUUUAUGUUCUCCUGGUGUCUAUGUUAUAAGUCGUGCGUAUGACAUAAGAAUUUAUUAAGGUAUACCUACACGCGUCAUACAUAAAAAUAAAAUACUAUGCAUA